CUCUCCCUCCUCUCUUUUUCUUCCACAGAGGUGGUCUUUGGCGUCCCAGCCCCCUACCUCGACUGCAUUCGCAAGACCCUGGACCACAAGUUUGGUGUGGCUGCCCAGAACUGCUACAAGGUGGAUAAGGGGGCGUUCACAGGCGAGAUCAGCCCAGCGAUGAUCAAAGACUGUGGAGGGAAAUGGGUGAUCCUUGGCCACUCCGAGAGGCGUCACGUCUUUGGGGAAUGCGACGAGCUGAUUGGUCAGAAGGUGGCACAUGCUCUAGAAGCCGGCCUUGGCGUGAUCGCCUGUAUCGGUGAGAAGUUGGACGAGCGAGAGGGCGGUUGCACGGAAAAGGUCGUGUUCGCCCAGACCAAGGUCAUUGCAGCCAACGUGAAGAACUGGGAUCACGUGGUGUUGGCGUACGAACCGGUGUGGGCCAUCGGAACCGGAAAGACUGCAAGCCCUCAGCAGGCCCAAGAAAUUCACGAGAAGAUUCGCAAGUGGCUGAAGGACCAUGUCUCUGAGGGUGUUUCGAAGAGCGUGCGCAUCAUCUACGGAGGUUCCGUGACCGCUGGCACCUGUAAGGAGCUGGCCGGCAUGCACGACGUGGACGGUUUCCUGGUGGGCGGUGCCUCCCUCAAGCCCGAGUUUGUGGACAUCAUCAACGCCAAGCAUUAGCGGGCCAUCCGCCAGGAAGGGAGAGCGGGAGCGAACCCGGGAGAGAAAACCAGGCCCCCUUUCCUGGGGGGUGGGAGACGUACGUCACACGGUGUCAUCCGGCAGCAUCGCUCCUUCCCUCCCUCCCAUCCCCCCCCCCCC